AUGUAACCCAUGCUCUUAUCACUAGCUGGACCUUGACUCCUUUUGGUCUGUAUAGCCCAAGUUAGCGUUACAUACAUACAUUUAUAUUUAUUUCUUUGUCUGCAUGGCUUUCCCCUGCGUAUGCCAGUUAAGGGACCAGAUAGGGACUAAAACCCCAUCCCUCAGCACCUGCCUGUCACAUAACCUUCCCUUCAUUUGCCCCAAUAACAUACAGUCUGUCUAUUCAGAAUGUUUGGGACUUGUAGUUUCCAGCUGCCGCUUAUGGCUGGUCUGUGCUUGUGCUGAAACAACAAAUCCCAGCAUCCCGUGCCCUGAAAGGAACAGAUCACAUGGCAGGAAGUAACCAAUUACUGCAGAGAGCGUCUGACUGAACAGCUGCUCUGCAUCCAGUCGAAUAACUGAGUUUUGGCCAAUGGAAGAAAUGGAGGAUAAACUUUCUGAUCAAUCCCUUGGCAAAGAAACAUCAUGCAGUGACCAUAGUGACUGUGUUCAGAAGCCUCUAGCGGAGCAGUCUUACUGUGUGGGGCCCCGUCUUACCGAUAACAAUCUGUAUGAUUCCAGAGAAGACUCUGUGUCUCAGCCAGUGCCUUCUGUUUAUGAGUCCAGCCUGGACUGGGACACCCAUGUAGCAGAAAACCUAGAACUUUUGAAAUGUCAGGCUGGGGACAAAGUGACAGAUGGGCGAAAGUAUAGAUCUCGUCAUGGGCCUAAAGAAUAUGUGUGUCUGGACUGUGGAAAGAUUUUCACUCACAGUUCUACACUUGCUACACAUCAGAGGACACACACCGGAGAGAAACCAUAUGGCUGCACCAACUGUGGGAAGCGUUUCACGCGUAGUUCGACUCUAUCCACACACCAAAGGAUUCACACCGGAGAGAGACCGUAUGGGUGUGCAGAGUGUGGUAAGUGCUUUAUUCAAAGUUCCCAUCUUGUCCUACACCAAAGGACUCACACUGGUGACAGGCCGUAUGAGUGUGCAGAGUGUGGUAAAUGCUUCAGUAACAGCGCACACUACGUCAUUCACAAACGGACGCACACAGGCGAAAGGCCAUACUCCUGUGUGGAAUGUGGGAAAAGUUUCAGCAGCAAGUCCUAUCUGGCCACGCACAAGAGACUUCAUGCUGAAAACACCAUCUUCAUCUGCAAUCAGUGCGGCAAAAGCCUGAGCAACCGGAUAACGUAUGCCAGCCACCUAAAGACGCACAAUGCAAGCAAGCCUUUUGUGUGCAGUGAAUGCGGGAGGUGCUUCAGCCGCAAGCUACAGCUCGUGCUGCACAAGAGGGUCCAUACGGGAGAGAGGCCUUUUGUAUGCGAAGACUGCGGGAAAAAAUACACCCGCAAAUCCUACCUUGUUGUACACAGGAAAACCCACACAGGGGAUACACAAGUGUGCUGUGAAUGCGGGAAGAGUUUUAUAGGCAAGUUGGCACUAACAGCACAUCGGCAAAGCCACUUGAUAACUAGCCCAGAGACAUCUUCAUGCACUGUGAAAGAAGAUUAGUGCAGAAUUACAACUCCCAGGACACUCUGCUGGCUGCUUCAUCUCUGUGUCCAGCUCAGCAUUCUAUGACCCUUUCAGUCUCAUAUUGUUUGCUUCUGGAUGAGGAAUAUUUUUCCGUUUAGCUAGGACAGGGUUGACCAACACUAAAUCUGGUGGGUGACAGAUAUAACAGUGUUGGUAGGUAGAGCACUUUACAAGAGCAGGUGUAACACCAGCUAAUAGACACACAGGGGCAAAGUCACUAAAGCGCGAAGUGGCAAAUUCGCCAGCGUGACGUCAUUUCGUUACUUCACCGAUUUACUAAUGG